AUUUGAUCUCAUCCAACUAUUUCCAUCGGUCUCUCCUCCUCCAAGGCUCGUGUCAGACAGUAGCCGCGCUGACCCCUUGCUCUAUCGUCUCACAUCGAGACGAGAGGAGCGGGGUCUGAACGAGCGUCUGUCUGUGUUUGUUUUGUGUGUAUGUGUUUGUGCGUGAGAGUGUGUGCGCGCGCGCCGUACGCUGACUGUCUGAGGUCAAGAAGGGGUUCGAGCGUAAAUUGUUAGAUGGGAUGCUGCAGCCGGAGAGCCAAUUUGUCGCCCGGUGUUGUUCCUGAGAGGACAGCGGACCUUGAAUGCGAGCAGCUCUGCCGGGAGAGGUUUUCAGCCUGACUAUGUCCACUGGAGUAUGAACAUGACUUCCCUCAACGAGUCAGAGGAGACCUCCACUCCCUCCUUCCCUCUCUCCUCCCUUGAACACAAUUACUCCCACUUUGUCACCCAUGACCCGUCAUUCUCCCCUUUUUCCUAUCCCACCUCCUCACUGGCGCCCUCCAACUGCACCAGCUCCCUGUCAGCCUCCUCUCCUCCGUACAACUUCUACGCCGUGCUGCUGGUGCUCCUGAUCUUCUGCGUGGUGUUCGGUAACGUGCUGGUCUGCGUGGCUGUGUCGAGGGAGCGCUCUCUUCAGACCACCACCAACUACCUCAUCGUCUCACUGGCUGUGUCAGACCUGCUGCUGGCUACGCUGGUCAUGCCCUGGGGCGUCUACCUGGAGGUGGUUGGAGAGUGGCACUUCAGUCUCAUCCACUGUGACAUCCUGCUCACCCUGGACGUCAUGAUGUGCACCGCAAGCAUCCUCAACCUCUGCGCCAUCAGCAUCGACAGAUACACAGCGGUAGCCAUGCCGAUGCUCUACAACACCAGAUACAGUUCCAGGAGGAGGGUGGCGGUGAUGAUUGCUGUGGUGUGGUUCCUCUCUUUUGCCAUCUCCUGCCCUUUACUGUUUGGACUCAACAACACUGACAGCCGGGAAGGCACCACAUGCAGCUUUGCCGAUCCAGCCUUCGUGGUGUAUUCAUCUGUGGCCUCCUUCUACGUUCCCUUCAUCGUAACGUUGCUGGUUUAUGCGCAGAUCUGCGUGGUGCUGCGCAAGCGAGGCAGACGCACCGCCCCGCCCCGCAGACGUGGCGUGCACACACAAGGCGGGGCUGAUGUGGGCGAAGGUCGGCGACACAGGAAGAAUAAGUGUACACAACCAGAGGAUGUGAAAUUGUGCACCCUGAUCCUGAGGCCUGCCACCGCUGGCCCACAGCGCAAGAAAGUGACCCUGGUAAAGGAGGCAAUGGUUCACCCUCUCGAAGUGGAGCCGGGUCAGUUCCUGCCACAGACUGAGCAGAGCCUAGCUUCUCCUACUGCUCCCCAAACCCCCUCCAAUUCGGGCCGUGCCAAGAUCUCCAUGGCCAUCUCAGUUGGACCUGCACCGGCUCUUCCCUCCACUGUGGCUCGGUCGGCCCUGAUGCCUCGUCCCGCCACCCUGGAGGACGGCAUGAGGGGCCGUGAGGGAUGGAGGGAACGCAGUGGAGGGAGAGAGAAAUGGGGGAUGACCAAAGAGAGGGUGAGAGGGAGGCUGUCUCAGCAGAAGGAGAGGAAGGCGACAAAGAUGCUCGCUAUUGUGCUCGGUGUGUUCAUCAUCUGCUGGCUGCCUUUCUUCCUGACCCACGUGCUGAAGGCCCACUGCAGUAGCUGCUGCAUCUCACCCUCACUGUACAGUGCCGUCACCUGGCUGGGAUACCUCAACAGUGCCGUCAACCCUGUCAUCUACACCACUUUCAACAUCGAGUUUCGCAAAGCCUUCAUCAAGAUCCUGCACUGCUGAAACCUGGAGAGAGGAAAAGCGUUAACUGUCAAGCCUGUCGUUGGUUUGAGAUCAGAGG